AUGCACUUAUAUAAAGAUGCAGACCAUGCCUUCAUCAAUACUUUGAUUCGCGGUGAUGUUAGUUCAUUGACAUGGUUCGAAUCACCGAAUCAGUUCUUUGACGAUACCUGUCAAAAGAACCCUUCGCUAGAGCUAUGCCAUGUCUAUUAUUCAGCCAUUAAUUUCCGCGAUGUCAUGCUUGCAUAUGGACGACUCCCACCGGAUGCUAUCCCAGGACAGUUCGCGGAUCGCGAAUGCUUAUUGGGUAUGGAGUUUUCGGGACGAUUGAAGGAUGGUAUUCGUUUGAUGGGUAUACUGCCAGCGCAAGCUUUAGCGACCUCUGUAAUUGUUGAUCGUGAAUAUGCUUGGACCGUUCCGGAUAACUGGUCACUCGCGGACGCUGCAACGGUACCAAUCGUAUACACCACUGCAUACUAUGCGCUUGUGAUGCGUGGUCGUAUUAGACGGGGUGACAAGGUUUUAAUUCAUGGAGGUUCGGGUGGUGUUGGCCAAGCUGCAAUUGCUGUUGCUUUAUCACGUGGUUGUGAAGUUUAUACCACAGUUGGGAAUGCUGAAAAGAAGGCAUUUUUGCAAAAACGUUUCCCACAGUUAACAGAUAGACAUUUUGCGAAUUCACGAAAUUCCGAUUUUGAGCUUCAUAUCAGGCAUCAAACAAGAGGACGCGGAGUUGAUGUUGUCCUUAAUUCAUUAGCACAACAUAUGUUGCAGGCUUCUGUUCGAUGUCUUGCUCAAAAUGGACGAUUCUUAGAAAUAGGUAAAGUAGAUUUAUCUCAAAAUUCACCACUUGGUAUGGCGGUGUUCCUCAAAAAUAUUACUUUCCAUGGUAUACUUCUGGAUGCGGUGAUGGAUCCGAGCGAAGUAGCGCGUUUAGUCCAGGACGGAAUCAAAAGCGGAAUUGUGCAACCGCUUUCGUACACGGCAUUUUCAAGUGAAAAAGCUGAGGAAGCGUUCCGCUUCAUGUCGUCUGGCAAACACAUCGGAAAGGUUUUAAUGGAAAUUCGACAAGAGGAACCGGAAAGAGUGUGUUUGCCGUCACCAAUUAGGGUGCGAGCGAUAUGUCGUACAUUAUGUCACCCAAAUUAUGUUUAUCUCAUUACUGGUGGUCUCGGUGGAUUUGGUUUAGAACUGUCACAGUGGCUGAUUAAUAGGGGUGCUAAAAAAUUGGUGCUAACUUCUCGAAUGGGAAUCCGAACAGGUUAUCAAGCUCGUUGUGUUCACUUUUGGCGUCGAACGGGUAUUUCGGUUCUUGUUUCAACGCUCAAUAUCGCACAUCUAUCAGAUGCCCAUGAGUUGAUAUCACAGUGCAAAGGAUUGGGUCCAGUUGGCGGUGUCUUCCAUCUUGCCAUGGUAUUACGCGAUUGUUUGUUUGAAAAUCAAAAUGUACAAAAUUUCAAAGAUGCUGCUGAAGCAAAAUACUGGGGAACAUUGAAUCUAGAUGCUGCUACUAGAAAUGCAUGCGGUAAAGAACUUAGGUGGUUUGUCGCAUUUUCGUCAAUCACUUCGGGACGUGGAAAUGCUGGACAAACAAAUUAUGGCUGGUCCAAUUGUACAAUGGAAAGGAUCAUUGAACAUCGUCGAGAAGAUGGUUUACCGGGUAUUGCAAUCCAAUGGGGAGCGAUUGGUGACGUAGGAGUUAUCCUGGAAAAUAUGGGUGAUAAUAACACUGUUGUUGGUGGUACUUUACCGCAACGAAUGCCUUCUUGCUUGGCUGCUUUGGAUUUAUUCUUAUCUUGGAAUCAUCCUAUUGUUGCCAGUUACAUCAAAGCAGACAUUGGUGCUAAAAAAGUUGGAAGUAGUGGAAAUUUGUGGCAAACAAUGGCCCAUAUUUUGGGUGUGAAUGAUGCAGCACAGUUGAAUCCAGAUGCUUACUUAGGUGAUUUGGGACUCGAUUCACUUAUGGGUGUUGAAAUUAAGCAAGCUCUUGAACGAGAUUAUGACAUCGUUUUGUCCAUGAAAGAUAUUAGAACACUGACGUUAAAUAAGCUUCAACAAUUGGUAGAUUCUGGUGGAACAACUUCAACAGUGUUACAAACAACUGAACUUGAACUGAAGAAAGAAAGUGAAAAGGAAGCUGAACAAAACACUGUCGAACAACUUGAAAGGCAAAUGAAUCAAUUAUUUAAGAUGAGGGUCGAUGUGAACGACCUUGAACCAAUGGAUCUUAUAGUAAAAUGUAACAAAGUUGAAACUGGGCCACCAACGUUCUUUGUGCAUUCAAUAGAAGGAAUUGCCACACCGUUGAAGAAAGUUAUGUCGAAGUGCAACUUCCCGGCAUACUGUUUCCAGUCAACUAGGGAAGUACCACAAGACUCAAUUGAAAAAGUUGCACAGAAAUAUAUAUUGGAAAUGAAAAAGAUACAACCGGAAGGACCAUAUCGUAUAAUAGGUUAUUCCUAUGGUGCUUGUAUUGGUUUCGAAAUGGCAACAAUGCUCCAGGAAAGUGAUGGUGCGAACUCUGUUGAAAGACUUAUACUACUUGAUGGAUCUCAUCUUUAUAUGCAAACUUAUAGAAAUGUUUAUCGAAUGGCGUUUGGUGUGACCGGUGAUACACUUGUCAACAAUCCACUUUUUGAAUCUGAAAUUAUGUGUGCUAUGACGUUACGCUUUGCAAAUGUUGACUACAAAAAGUUCCGAGUUGAACUGUUACAACAGCCUGGAUUUAAAGCCCGAGUUCAGAAGGUUGUGGACACGGUAAUGACGACAGGCCUCUUCAAAUCAGCUGAUACUAUUGACUUCGCAUGCUGUGCGAUGCGUUCCAAGUUUGUUAUGGCUGAUAAGUACAAACCAGAACGAAAAUUUAAAGGACUGAUAACUCUAAUAAGAGCAGAACAAGGAGCCGCAAGAGAGGAGGAUGUUGGCUCUGAUUACGGCAUUUCACAGGUGUCCGACGAAAACAAUGUAUACAUCGUGGGAGGUGACCACGACAGCUUCGUUCAAGGUAAAACUUCUGCAGAAACGGUGAACAUAAUCAAUGACUUGAUUGCGGAAACAAAUAAGAAAGCUAAAAACGUAUAA